CCGCUCCCUUUCGUAGCCCCACUCUCCCCCAGCCCACUCCCUUCCGUAGCCCCACUCUCCCCCAGCCCUCUCCCUUCAGUACACUGUCCGCAGCUCUCUCCCUUUAGUAGCCCCACUCUUCCCCAGCCCACUCCCCAGCUCUCUCCCUUCAGUAGCCCCACUCUCCCCAGCCCUCUCCUUUCAGUAGCCCCACUCUCCCCCAGCUCUCUCCCUUCUGUAGCCCCACUCUUCCCCAGCUCUCUCCCUUCAGUAGCCCCACUCUCCCCCAGCCCUCUCCUUUCAGUAGCCCCACUCUCCCCCAGCCCACUCCCUUCCGUAGCCCCACUCUCCUCCAGUCCGCUCCCUUCCGUAGCCCCACUCUCCCCCAGCUCUCUCCCUUCCGUUGCUCCACUCUCCCCCAGACCUCUCCCUUCAGUAGCCCCACUCUCCUCCAGCCCUCUUCCCCAGCCCUCUCCCUUCCGUGCCCCACUCUCCCCCAGCCCUCUCCCUUCCGUGCCCCACUCUCCCCCAGACCUCUCCCUUCCGUGCCCCACUCUCCCCCAGCCCUCUCCCUUAAGUAGCCCCACUCUCCCCCAGACCUCUCCCUUCCGUGCCCCACUCUCCCCCAGCCCUCUCCCUUAAGUAGCCCCACUCUCCCCCAGCCCUCUCCCUUCCGUGCCCCACACUCCCCCAGCCCUCUCCCUUAAGUAGCCCCACUCUCCCCAGCCCUCUCCCUUCCGUUGCCCCACUCUCCCCCAGCCCUCUCCCUUCCAUUGCCCCACUCUCCCCCAGCCCUCUCCCCAGCCCUCUCCCUUCCGUUGCCCCACUUUCCCCCAGCCCUCUCCCUGCUUAAGCCCCAGAUCUGCAAACCUUUAGCCUCUCUGCCUCCCCCUCAGCUGAGUCCCCUGCCUGGACUGUGC